AUGUCUAUCGGAUUUAUUGGUUCUCUUGAUUCUUUAUCGGCACGAAAGAUCGAGCGAACCAAAACAUCGGUAGAAUCUCCCAGAAACUCUCUUUCCCCUCCUGCGACGAGCCAAGCGAUCGAAUCGAAGUCGAAACCCCACCUUCUGCUCCUCCUCGCUGGCAUCGACGACAGCAAUGAAGCGCUCCGCCGACGACCGCGACCUUCGGAAGCUGCCAUCGGCCGCAGACGCCAAGCCCGUCUUCAUGUCCAAGGCCGAGCGCCAGCGCCAGCGCUGCGAGGAGGUCGUCGCCGAGCACCGCCGAGCUGCCCUCGAUCUCCUCCGCAGCCCUCCGACUCCAGCCACCGACGCGACCACGACCGGGACUGUGAUCGUCGCGUCCGAAACCGUGAGCGCGAGCGGGAUAAGGAGCUCGGCGCCAUCAGGGAGCAAUACUUGGGGUCCAAGAAGCCCAAGAAGCAGCGGGUGAUUAAGCAUAGCGAAAAGUUCCGUUUCUCAUUCGAAUGGGAGAACACUGAAGCCACCUUCCGCGACAUUAACGCCUUAUACCAGAAUCCCCACGAGGCGCGGGUCCUCUUCGGCCGUGGUUUUAUUGCCGGCAGCGACCAGCGCGAGCAGAAGAAGCCGGCCGCUCUUCACGAAAAGGAGACACGGGAGGAGAUCCGCCGCAAGGAGGGUGUGGAGGAGCGGCCGGAGGAGGCCGCCGCUGACCUAUAUGAUACCUUCGAUAUGCGUGUCGAACGUCAUUGGUCUGAGAAGAAGAUUGAGGAAAUGACUAAGCGGGACUGGCGCGUCUUCAUGAUCCUCAGUGGCGCCUUUAACGUAGCACCGGAGGGGGGUGUUCCAGAGGAAGACGCGGGGCUUGUGCAUAUCGUCGAACAGGCUGCGGGCGUAGGCCACGUGUCCGGAAGACAUCUGAGAAAGCAGGAUCCGGGUAAGGAGGCUGUUCUUGCGGGCGAGGCCGGUGGCGAGGAGAAGGGCGUGGCUCUGUUUGAGGUGGGCGGGGUAGGAGUGGGAUAAUAUGAGUGCCGCGAAGCCGGCUUUGGUUGUCGGGGUGGGGGAAGGCUGUGUGCCAGCGACGAGGAGGGCGCUGCGUCGGGUCGGAGCGAUCGUGGUCGGUCCCACCCACCGCCACAUGGAUCUCGCUGGUACGUCCUACAGGUCGGGCGUCGCCGGUAUCUUUCCGACGCAUCCCGAUGGCUUCUGCGGCGGGUCGUCAAGCCGGAUCUUGAUCGAUUCGGGCUCCUUCCUCUGCCUCGCCUUCAUCCUCGCCCGUGGUAAGCCUAAACCCUUAUUUUCUUGAUCGCGAUGGCCCAUUCUUUUAUCUUGUUCCAUUGUUACAUCACAUGUUUGCCGCUUUCUUCGUCUUGGAGGUUGUAAUCGGAUGAUCAUAUCCGAUGAUAGUGCAGUCAUUUGGGUCGGUUAGUAACGCAGAAUUGUUGGUAGUCGUGCUGACGGGUUCGAUGUUAUAGCAAAAGCGCAGGGUUAAGGAAUGUAGUCGUUCAAUGUUGGGAUUAGCUUAUGUUUGUUGCCCUAUCUACAAAUCAGUAAGUCUGGUUUGUUGGCAAUUAGAUGGCUAGAUAAGUUGUUGAUAGAUAAUACAUUGCUUCGAAGCCCAAUGGAGAGGUAUCUGUUGACAAGUGCCAAAACUAAUUAAUUUUUUAUUGUAAAAAUAUUGAACCAUUUCUAGAUUUGAGCCAUGCUAAUUUUCUUUGGAUCGUUUCAAUUUUAUCAUUGUACCUAAAGUUCUAUAAUAAUUUUGAGAUGUUUUCUUUACAGUUUGUCGGUAUAAACCCUACUAGAAAUAUUUCUUUCGGGCACAACUGCUGGUCACGUUAACUGAUAUCAUUGGCAUCAUGUGAAAGGUUUAGAGAAGAACCAAACUGGAGUUUACUUUCUCCUAUAUGAUACUUGGCAGGGUUGGAACAUCUUUAGAUUUGUAUGCCGAGUGGGCUCUAUUUGACUUGUGACUAUGUAGCUAGACAAUAGUUAAGAUUGCUCAACUGUAACUUGUAAAAGCCAUGCCAGAAAUAGAAGUAGAACAAUGAAUAUAUCAUUUUUUAAUCUCGAAAAACGUCUCUUCUACUUAUUUUCCCACAGAGUUGGAGAAAUUAUCUUUCGAUGGAUGGUUUUUUUUUGCUUUGCUGUAGGAGAGGGGGGUCGAGCGGUCAUUGAGUAAGGUACUCAUUUGGAAAACCUUAACAUUUAAACUUGGCGAACAUGGAUACAACUAAAAUCAGUUGAACUUGGCAUUAACUUGGUUGGGUUGGGUCAAGAGCUAGCACCACUUGCCAAUAUGUUGACACAAGGCUAAUUAGCUUGAUGUUGGACAGGAUGAGCACCGUCGGGACCAAAUAGCAGACCUGUAUCUUGAUAUGUCUAAAAACUUCAGAACUUUGGGCUUCAGACUCUUCUUGUUCUUACAUUCAAGGAAAACUAACUAGUGUUCACCCAGAAAGGAGCCUAUGGUAAUAGGUCUAAGUUGUCAUGUGUGCCAAGGCUUGCACUUGGCAUUAACUUGGUUGGGUUGGGUCAAGAGCUAGCACCACUUGCCAAUAUGUUGACACAAGGCUAAUUAGCUUGAUGUUGGACAGGAUGAGCACCGUCGGGACCAAAUAGCAGAC